UCAUAUUUGUGUACCGUUACACCCCUACUGUGUAUAGAUAUAUAAUAUAUUUCAAAAUAUUUCGGGAUGUAUUAACAAGCAUUUGAGUAAACAGUUUGGCUUAAGUAAAAAAAAAUGCAUUUAUACUCUUUUAUCUUCAUUUCCCUUCAGAUUCAUCUUUUUGAUAUUGAUGUACCAGGGAAAAUACGGUUUCAGGAGUCUGAAACACUAAGUCCGGGAAACAGUUUAUCCAUGUUUGAAACCCCAUUUUGUAAAGUCGGUGUGGGAAUAUGUUAUGACAUCAGAUUUGCGGAGCUAGCACAGAUCUACGCUAAGAAAGGUUGCCAGCUUUUGGUAUAUCCUGGU